AUGGGCGAACUUGACCCCAUCCCCCAGCAGCUUCCCAAGGAUAUGGUGACUCAUGGGCUGCGGGCGUAUGAUGGCUUAUCUCUGCCCGAGGACGCAGAGACGGUCACGGUGGGCCGGGCCGGCAGGAGCUACUCAGACAUCUCUGAUGACGAAGACUUGCUGGCUGACGAUGCCUCUGGAGAUGGCCUGGGUAGUGGGGAACCAGGCAGCGGGGACUUUCAGAUGGUUUAUUUCCGGGCCCUGGUAAACUUCACUCGCUCCAUCCACUACAGCCCUCAGCUGGAGGAUGCGGGCUCCGAGGAGUUCCGGGAAGUGUCCGAGGCUGUGGUCGACACGCUUGAGUCGGAGUACUUGAAGAUUCCCGGAGACCAGGUUGUCAGUGUGGUGUUCAUCAAGGAGCUGGACGGCUGGGUCUUCGUGGAGCUGGACGUGGGCUCCGAAGGGAAUGCAGACGGGGCUCAGAUUCAGGAAGUGCUUCAUACCGUCAUUUCCAGCGGCUCUGUUGCCUCCUACGUCACCUCUCCCCAGGGAUUCCAGUUCCGGCGCCUGGGCACAGUGCCCCAGUUCUCAAGAGUCUGCACCGAGGCCGAGUUCGCCUGCCACAGCCACAACGAGUGUGUGGCUCUGGAGUAUCGCUGUGACCGGAGGCCCGACUGCAGGGACAUGUCUGACGAGCUCAAUUGCGAGGAGGAGGUCCCAGCGGUCAGCUCCGUGUCCCCCACUCUGGUGGAGACCCCACCGCCGGUGCCCUGGCUGGAGGCAACCACCAUUCAGCAGCUGCCGGGCACCCCCGCUCCGCAGCCUCUGCUCCCCGGGAUAGCCAGGCCUGUGCCCUGCGGGCCCCACGAGGCCAUGUGCCACGACGGGCAGUGCAUCCCCAAGGACUACAUCUGCGACGGGCAGGAGGACUGCAAGAACGGCAGUGAUGAGCUGAACUGCGGUCCCCCCCCGCCAUGCGAGCCCAAUGAGUUCGCCUGUGGGAACGGGCACUGUGCCCUGAAGCUGUGGCACUGUGACGGCGACUUUGACUGUGAGGACCGCACCGAUGAGGCCAACUGCCCUGCCAAGCGUCCCGAGGAUGUGUGCGGGCCCACUCAGUUCCGCUGUGUCUCCACAAACACGUGCAUCCCAGCCAGCUUCCACUGUGACGAGGAGAGUGACUGUCCCGACCGCAGUGAUGAAUUCGGCUGCAUGCCCCCACAGGUGGUGACCCCUCCCCAGGAGUCCAUCCAGGCUUCCCGGGGCCAGACAGUGACCUUCACCUGUGUGGCCAUUGGCGUCCCCACCCCCAUCAUCAACUGGAGGCUUAACUGGGGCCACAUCCCCUCUCAUCCCAGGGUGACAGUGACCAGCGAAGGAGGCCGUGGCACACUGACCAUCCGUGAUGUGAAGGAGGCAGACCAGGGCGCCUAUACCUGUGAGGCCAUGAAUGCCCGGGGCAUGGUGUUCGGCAUUCCCGACGGGGUCCUGGAGCUCAUUCCAAAGCGAGGACCCUGCCCCGACGGGCACUUCUACCUGGAGCCCAGCGCCUCCUGCCUGCCCUGCUUCUGCUUUGGGGUCACCAGCAUUUGCCAGAGCAGCCGCCGCUUCCGAGACCAGAUCCGGCUCCGCUUUGACCAGCCCAAUGACUUCAAGGGCGUGAACGUAACAAUGCCCGCACAGCCCGGCAUGCCGCCCCUCUCCUCCACCCAGCUGCAGAUCGACCCCGCUGUGCAGGAGUUCCAGCUGGUCGACCUGUCCCGACGCUUCCUGGUGCAUGACUCUUUCUGGGCUCUGCCCGAGCAGUUCCUGGGCAACAAGGUGGACUCCUACGGUGGCUCCCUGCGCUACAAGGUGCGCUAUGAGCUGGCCCGAGGCAUGCUGGAGCCAGUGCAGCGGCCAGACGUGGUCCUCGUGGGAGCCGGAUAUCGCCUCCUCUCCCGAGGGCACGUGCCCACCCAGCCUGGCACGCUGAACCAGCGCCAGGUUCAGUUCUCGGAGGAGCACUGGGUCCAUGAGUCUGGCCGGCCAGUGCAGCGGGCCGAGAUGUUGCAGGUGCUGCAGAGCCUGGAGGCUGUGCUCAUCCAAACAGUGUACAACGCCAAGAUGGCCAGCGUGGGACUGAGUGACAUUGCCAUGGAUACCACCGUCAGCCACGCCACCAGCCACGGCCGGGCCCACAGCGUGGAGGAGUGCAGAUGCCCCAUUGGCUACUCUGGCUUAUCCUGCGAGAGCUGUGAUGCCCAUUUCACCCGGGUGCCUGGUGGGCCCUACCUGGGCACCUGCUCUGGCUGCAACUGCAAUGGGCAUGCCAGCUCUUGUGACCCUGUGUAUGGCCACUGCCUGAAUUGCCAGCACAACACAGAGGGGCCACAGUGCGACAAGUGCAAGGCUGGUUUCUUCGGGGACGCCACAAAGGCCACAGCCACUGCCUGCCGACCCUGCCCUUGCCCAUACAUUGACGCCUCCCGCAGGUUCUCAGACACCUGCUUCCUGGACACGGAUGGCCAAGCCACAUGUGAUGCAUGUGCCCCAGGCUACACGGGCCGCCGCUGUGAGAGCUGUGCCCCUGGAUAUGAGGGCAACCCCAUCCAGCCAGGCGGGAAGUGCAGGCCCACCAACCAGGAGAUCGUGCGCUGUGACGAGCGAGGCAGCAUGGGGAGCUCUGGGGAGGCCUGCCGCUGUAAGAACAACGUGGUGGGGCGUCUGUGCAAUGAGUGUGUCGCCGGCUCUUUCCACCUGAGUGCCCGCAACCCUGACGGCUGCCUCAAGUGCUUCUGCAUGGGCGUCAGUCGCCAGUGCACCAGCUCCUCCUGGAGACGCGCCCAGGUGCGUGGGGCUUCCGAGGAGCCCACUCAGUUCAGCCUGACCAACGCCGCAGGCACCCACACCACCAGCGAGGGCAUCUCAUCACCCACAUCCGGAGAACUGGUCUUCUCCUCCUUCCACAACCUCCUCUCCGGACCCUACUUCUGGAGCCUCCCCUCGCGCUUUCGCGGGGACAAGGUGACCUCCUAUGGGGGAGAGUUGCGCUUCACGGUGACCCAGCAGCCCCAGCCUGGCUCCGCACCUCUGCACGGGCAGCCGAUGGUUGUAUUGCAGGGCAAUGGCAUCGUCUUAGAGCAUCACACUUCCCAGCAGCCCAGCCCCGGCCAGCCCAGCACCUUCACGGUGCCCUUCCGGGAGCAAGCGUGGCAACGGCCUGAUGGGCAGCCAGCCACACGGGAACACCUGCUCAUGGCCCUGGCGGGCAUCGACACCCUCCUGAUCCAGGCGUCCUUCAGCCAGCGGCCAGCUGAGAGCAGAGUCUCUGGUAUCAGCAUGGACGUGGCUGUGCCUGAGGACACCGGCCAGGACCCCGCGCUGGAAGUAGAACAGUGUACCUGCCCACCCGGGUACCGCGGCCCAUCCUGCCAGGACUGUGACACGGGCUACACACGCAUGCCCAGCGGACUCUACCUGGGCACCUGUGAACGUUGCAGCUGCCACGGCCACUCGGAGAUCUGUGAGCCCGAAACGGGUGCCUGCCAGGGCUGCCAACACCACACGGAGGGCUCUCAGUGCGAACGGUGCCAACCAGGAUACUAUGGGGACGCCCAGCGGGGGACGCCACAGGACUGCCAGCCGUGCCCAUGCUAUGGAGCCCCCGCUGGUGGCCAGGCUACCCAUACUUGCUUUCUGGACACGGACGGCCACCCCACCUGUGAUGCGUGCUCCCCAGGCCACAGCGGGCGUCACUGUGAGAGGUGUGCCCCAGGUUACCAUGGCAACCCCAGCCAGGGCCAGCCGUGCCAAAGAGACGGCCAACUGCCAGAGCCGAUCGGCUGUGGCUGUGACCCCAAGGGCAGCAUCGGUAGCCAGUGUGACGCUGCUGGCCAGUGCUAUUGCAAGAGCCUGGUGGGAGAUCAGGCAGCACCCGAUGGGAGCCGGGCCUCGGCAUGGGGGCUGUGGGAUCUUCCCCGGGACUGCCAGAAGUGGCUGGGAGGCCGGCCUCAAAGGCUGCUGGAGAUCGCCACCCGCUUUGCCCCUGGGGACUUCCAAGGCUUUGCCCUGGUGAACCCGCAACGGAACAGCCGCCUGACAGGAGGCUUCACCGUGGAGCCCGUGCCUGAGGGUGCCCAGCUCUCUUUCGGCACCUUCGCCCAGCUUGGCCAUGAGUCCUUCUACUGGCAGCUUCCGGAGGCGUACCAGGGAGACAAGGUGGCGGCCUAUGGCGGGAAGCUGCGAUAUACCCUCUCCUACACGGCGGGGGCGCAUGGCAGUCCGCUCUCUGACCCUGACGUCCAGAUCACGGGCAACAACAUCAUGCUGGUGGCCUCCCAGCCAGCGCCGCAGGGCCCAGAGAGGAAGAGCUUCGAGAUCAUUUUCCGAGAGGAAUUCUGGCGCCGGCCUGAUGGGCAGCCGGCCACGCGCGAGCACCUCCUGAUGGCGCUGGCCGACCUGGAUGAGCUCCUGCUCCGGGCCACGUUCUCCUCAAUGCCACGGGCAGCCAGCAUCAGCUCCGUCAGCCUGGAGGUCGCCCAGCCUGGGCCCUCAGAGGGACCCCGGGCCAUGGAGGUGGAGGAAUGCCGCUGUCCCCCGGGCUAUGUUGGCUUGUCAUGCCAGGACUGUGCCCCAGGCUAUACACGCACUGGCAGUGGACUCUACCUCGGCCACUGUGAGCUGUGUGAAUGCAACGGCCACUCAGACCUGUGCCACCCGGAGACCGGGGCCUGCUCGCACUGCCAGCACAACGCCGCUGGGGAAUUCUGUGAGCUGUGUGCCCCUGGCUAUUAUGGAGAUGCUACUGCCGGGACACCUGAGGACUGCCAGCCCUGCGCCUGCCCACUGACCAACCCGGAGAACAUGUUCUCCCGCACCUGUGAGAGCCUGGGAGCUGGCGGGUACCGAUGCACAGCCUGUGAACCUGGCUACACUGGCCAGUACUGUGAGCAAUGUGCCCCAGGCUACGUGGGUAACCCCAAUGUGCGGGGGGGCCGGUGCCUGCCCCAAGCAGAUGCAGCCCCACUGGUGGUCCAGGUGCAUCCGGCUCGGACCAUAGUACCCCAAGGUGGCUCCCAUUCCCUGUGGUGCCAGGUCAGUGGGAGCCCACCCCACUACUUUUACUGGUCUCGUGAGGAUGGGCGUCCCUUGCCUAGCAGCACCCAGCAGCGACAUCAAGGCUCUGAGCUCCACUUCCCUAGCGUCCAGCCAUCAGAUGCUGGCGUCUACAUCUGCACCUGUCGUAAUCUCCAUCGCGCCAAUACCAGCCGGGCAGAGCUGCUGGUCACCGAGGCUCCAAGCAAGCCCAUCACGGUGACCGUGGAGGAGCAGCGGAGCCAGAGCGUGCGCCCCGGGGCUGAUGUCACCUUCAUCUGCACAGCCAAGAGCAAGUCUCCCGCUUACACCCUGGUUUGGACCCGCCUGCACAAUGGGAAACUGCCAGCCCGAGCCAUGGAUUUCAACGGCAUCCUGACCAUUCGCAACGUACAGCCGAGCGACGCGGGCACCUACGUCUGCACGGGCUCCAACAUGUUCGCCAUGGACCAGGGCACAGCCACACUGCACGUGCAAGCCUCGGGCACCCCGUCCGCCCCCGUGGUCUCCAUCCAUCCGCCGCAGCUCACCGUGCAGCCCGGACAGCUGGCCGAGUUCCGCUGCAGUGCCACCGGGAACCCCGCGCCCACCCUCGAGUGGACAGGGGGCCCUGGCGGCCAGCUCCCUCAGAAGGCACAGAUCCACGGCGGCAUCCUGCGCCUGCCAGCCGUCGAGCCCUCGGAUCAAGCCCAGUACCUGUGUCGUGCCCUUAACAGUGCCGGGCAGCACGUGGCCAGGGCUGUGCUCCACGUGCACGGGGGCAGCGGGCCCAGGGUCCAGGUGAGCCCAGAGAGGACUCAGGUACACGAAGGUCGCACCGUCAGGCUGUACUGCAGGGCCGCAGGGGUGCCCAGCGCCACCAUCACCUGGAGGAAGGAAGGGGGCAGCCUCCCCCCACAGGCCCGGUCCGAGCGCACAGACAUCGCCACGCUGCUCAUCCCGGCCAUCACAGCUGCCGACGCCGGCUUCUACCUCUGCGUGGCCAGCAGCCCCGCGGGCACCGCGCAGGCCCGAAUCCAAGUGGUUGUCCUUCCAGGUGCCAGCUCCCCGCCAGUCAGGAUCGAGUCCUCAUCGCCUUCGGUGACUGAAGGCCAGACGCUGGACCUCAACUGUGUGGUGGCCGGCCUGGCCCACACCUCCAUCACGUGGUACAAGCGAGGGGGCAGCCUGCCUCCCCACAGCCAGGUGCAUGGCUCCCGGUUACGGCUUCCCCAGGUUUCUCCAGCUGAUUCUGGAGAAUACGUCUGCCGAGUGGAGAACGAGUCAGGCCCCAAGGAGGCCUCCAUCGUCGUCUCUGUCUUCCACAACACCCACCCAGUCCCUGGCUACACCCCAGCUCCGGGCAGCACCCAGCUCAUCCGCAUCGAGUCUUCCUCCUCUCACGUGGCUGAAGGACAGACCCUGGACCUGAACUGCGUGGUGCCCGGGCAGGCCCACGCGCAGGUCACAUGGCACAGGCGUGGGGGCAGCCUCCCCGCCCGGCACCAGACCCAUGGCUCGCUGCUGCGGCUGCACCAGGUGUCUCCAGCCGACUCGGGCGAGUACGUAUGCCGCGUGGUCCUUGGCUCUGGGCCCCUGGAGGCCUCCGUCCUGGUCGACAUCAAGGCCUCCGGCUCCCCUCCGGGCUCCAUCCCUGGACCUGUCCCCCCUGUCAGGAUCGAGUCCACAUCCCCCACAGUGGCCGAGGGGCAGACCCUGGAUCUGAGCUGUGUGGUGGCAGGGCAGGCCCAUGCCCAGGUCACGUGGUACAAGCGUGGGGGCAGCCUCCCCGCCCGGCACCAGGUCCGCGGCUCCCGCCUGUACAUCUUCCAGGCCUCGCCAGCCGACGCAGGCGAGUACGUUUGCCGGGCCAGCAAUGGUAUGGAGGCCUCUAUCACAGUCACCGUAACCAGGACCCAGGGGGCCAACUUUGCCUACCCUCCGGGCAGCACCCAGCCCAUCCGCAUCGAGUCCUCCUCCUCCCACGUGGCUGAAGGGCAGACCCUGGAUCUGAACUGCAUAGUGCCUGGGCAGGCCCACGCCCAGGUCACGUGGCAUAAGCGUGGGGGCAGCCUCCCUGCCCGGCACCAGACACACGGCUCACUGCUGAGACUACACCAAGUGUCCCCAGUUGACUCGGGCGAGUAUGUGUGCCGCGUGGUGGGUGGCUCGGUGCCCCUGGAGGCCUCUGUCCUGGUGACCAUUGAGCCUGCAGGCUCUGUACCUGCGCUGGGGGUCACUCCCCCAGUCCGGAUCGAGUCAUCCUCCUCCCAUGUGGCUGAAGGGCAGACCUUGGAUCUGAACUGCCUGGUUGCUGGGCAGGCCCAUGCCCAGAUCACGUGGCACAAGCGAGGGGGCAGCCUCCCCGCUCGGCACCAGGUGCAUGGCUCGAGGCUGCGGCUGCCCCAGGUGACCCCAGCCGACUCUGGGGAGUACAUAUGCCGUGUGGUCAGCAGCUCGGGCACCCAAGAAGCCUCAGUCCUUGUCACUAUCCAGCAGCGCCUUGGCCCCUCCCACCCCCAGGGCGUGGUAUACCCCGUCCGCAUCGAGUCCUCCUCAGCCUCCCUGGCCAAUGGACAUGUCCUGGACCUCAACUGCCUGGUGGCCAGCCAAGCCCCGCACACCAUCACCUGGUAUAAGCGUGGAGGUAGCCUACCCAGCCGGCACCAGAUCGUGGGCUCCCGACUGCGGAUCCCCCAGGUGACACCUGCAGACUCUGGCGAGUACGUGUGUCACGUCAGUAACGGUGCCGGGUCCCAGGAGACCUCACUCAUUGUUACCAUCGAGGGCAGCGGCUCCUCCCAUGUGCCCAGUGUCUCCCCACCAAUCAAGAUCGAGUCCUCGUCCCCCACCGUGGUCGAAGGACAGACCUUGGAUCUGAACUGCGUAGUCGCUGGGCAGCCCCAGGCCACCAUCACGUGGUACAAGCGUGGGGGCAGCCUUCCUGCCCAACACCAGGCCCAUGGCUCCCGCCUACGGCUGCACCGCAUGUCUGUGGCUGACUCCGGCGAGUACGUGUGCCGGGCCAACAACAACAUCGAUGCCCAGGAGACCUCCAUCGUGGUCUCAGUGUCCCCCAGCACUGGCAGCCCCUCUGUCCCUGGCGGUACGAUGCCCGUCAGAAUCGAGUCGUCUUCCUCCCACGUGGCUGAAGGGCAGACCGUGGAUCUGAACUGCGUGGUCCCUGGCCAGGCCCACGCCCAGGUCACGUGGCACAAGCGCGGGGGCAGCCUCCCCACUCACCACCAGGCCCAUGGCUCACGGCUGAGGCUGUACCAGGUGUCCCCGGCUGACUCGGGCGAGUACGUGUGCCAGGUGGUGAGCAGCUCAGGCCCCCUGGAGGCCUCAGUCCUGGUCAACAUCGAGGCCUCUGGCUCCAGUGCUGUUCCUGUCCCUGCCCCAGGCGGAGCCCCACCCAUCCGCAUUGAGACCUCCUCCUCCCAUGUGGCCGAAGGGCAGACCCUGGAUCUGAACUGCAUAGUCCCUGGACAGGCCCACGCCCAGGUCACAUGGCACAGGCGCGGGGGCAGCCUUCCUGCCCGGCACCAGGUCCACGGACCCCUGCUAAGGCUGAAUCAGGUGUCCCCGGCUGACUCUGGAGAAUACUACUGUCAAGUGACCAGCAGCUCAGGCACCCUGGAGGCUUCUGUUCUAGUCACGAUUGAGGCCUCCAGCCCAAGCCCCAUUCCUGCCCCAGGACUGGCCCAGCCCAUCUAUAUCGAGGCCUCCUCCUCCCACGUGGCCGAAGGACAGACCCUGGACCUGAACUGCGUGGUGCCGGGGCAGGCCCACGCCCAGGUCACAUGGUAUAAGCGUGGGGGCAGCCUCCCCGCCCGGCACCAGACCCACGGCUCCCGGCUGCGGCUCCACCACGUGUCCCCUGCUGACUCCGGCGAGUACGUGUGCCGCGUGGUUGGCGGCUCAGGCCCUGAGCAGGAGGCUUCCUUCACAGUCACUGUCCCACCCAGUGCGGGGUCCUCCUACCGCCUUAGGAGCCCCGUCAUCUCUAUCGACCCGCCCAGCAGCACUGUGCAGCAGGGCCAAGAUGCCAGCUUCAAGUGCCUCAUCCAUGACGGGGCAGCCCCCAUCAGCCUCGAGUGGAAAACUCGGAACCAAGAACUGGAGGACAAUGUCCACAUCAGCCCCAACGGCUCCAUCAUCACCAUCGUGGGCACCCGACCCAGCAACCACGGUGCUUACCGCUGCGUGGCCUCCAAUGCCUACGGCGUGGCCCAAAGUGUCGUCAACCUCAGUGUGCACGGGCCCCCUACUGUGUCUGUGCUCCCUGAGGGUCCCGUGCGGGUGAAGGUAGGAAAGUCCAUCACCCUGGAAUGUGUCAGUGCUGGGGAGCCCCGCUCUUCGGCUCACUGGACCCGGAUUGGCGCCCCCACCAACCUAGAACAGCGGAUGUAUGGGGUCGUGGACAGCCAUACAGUGUUGCAGAUUUCAUCAGCUAAACCAUCGGAUGCAGGCACCUACGUAUGCCUGGCUCGGAAUGCACUAGGCACAGCACAGAAGCGGGUGGAGGUGAUUGUGGACACAGGCACUGUGGCCCCAGGGGCCCCCCAGGUUCAAGUUGAAGAAGCUGAGCUGACUGUAGAGGCCGGACACACAGCCACCCUGCGCUGCUCAGCCACAGGCAGCCCCACGCCCACCAUCCACUGGUCCAAGCUGCGCUCCCCACUGCCCUGGCAGCACCGGCUGGAAGGUGACACACUGAUCAUCCCCCGGGUGGCCCAGCAGGACUCAGGCCAGUACAUCUGCAACGCCACCAGCCCUACCGGGCAUGCCGAGGCCACCAUCGCCCUGCAUGUGGAGAGCCCACCGUAUGCCACCACAGUCCCGGAGCACGCUUCAGUGCGGGCAGGAGAGACGGUGCAGAUCCAGUGCCUGGCGCAUGGGACACCCCCGCUCACCUUCCAGUGGAGCCGUGUGGGUGGCAGCCUCCCUGGGAGGGCGACUGCCAGGAACGAGAUGCUGCGCUUUGAGCCCGCGGCCCCCGAGGACUCAGGCCGCUACCGUUGCCGGGUCACCAACAAGGUGGGCUCGGCUGAGGCCUUCGCCCAGGUGCUCGUUCAAGGCCCCUCUGGCUCUGUCCCGGCCACCGCCAUCCCAGCAGGAUCCGCGCCCACCGUUCAGGUCACACCUCAGCUGGAGACCAAGAGCGUAGGGGCCAGCGUCGAGUUCCACUGUGCCGUGCCCAGUGACCAGGGCACCCAGCUCCGUUGGGUCAAGGAAGGGGGUCAGCUGCCUCCUGGCCACAGUGUGCAGGAUGGGGUGCUCCGAAUCCAGAACUUGGACCAGAGCUGCCAAGGGACAUAUGUUUGCCAGGCCUAUGGACCAUGGGGACAGGCCCAGGCCAGUGCCCAGCUGGUUGUCCAAGCCCUGCCCUCAGUGCUCAUCAACAUUCGGACCUCCGUGCAGACCGUGGUGGUCGGCCAUGCCGUGGAGUUCGAGUGCCUGGCCCUGGGUGACCCCAAGCCUCAGGUGACAUGGAGCAAAGUCGGGGGGCGCCUGCGGCCUGGCAUCGUGCAGAGCGGGGGCAUCGUCAGGAUUGCCCACGUGGAGCUGGCCGAUGCGGGGCAGUACCGCUGCACGGCCACCAACGCCGCUGGCACCACCCAGUCCCACGUGCUGCUGCUCGUGCAAGCCUUGCCCCAGAUCUCCACGCCCCCAGAGGUCCGUGUGCCUGCUGGUUCUGCAGCCGCCUUCCCCUGCAUGGUCUCUGGCUACCCCACUCCCAAGAUCACCUGGAGCAAGCUGGACGGUAACCUGCCACCUGACAGCCGCGUGGAGAACACCAUGCUGCUGCUGCCCUCAGUCCGACCUCAGGACGCAGGCACUUACGUCUGCACUGCUACUAAUCACCAGGGCAAGGUCAAAGCCUUUGCCCAUCUGCAGGUGCCGGAGCGGGUGGUGCCCUACUUCACACAGACCCCCCACUCCUUCCUGCCACUGCCCACCAUCAAAGAUGCCUACAGGAAGUUCGAGAUCAAGAUCACCUUCCGUCCUGACUCAGCCGAUGGGAUGCUGCUGUAUAAUGGGCAGAAGCGGAUCCCAGGGAGCCCCACCAACCUGGCCAACAGGCAGCCUGACUUCAUCUCCUUCGGCCUCGUGGGUGGAAGGCCUGAGUUCCGGUUUGACGCAGGCUCAGGCAUGGCCACCAUCCGCCACCCCACUCCGCUGGCACUGGGCCAGUUCCACACCGUGACCCUGCUGCGCAGCCUUACCCAGGGCUCCCUGAUUGUGGGCGGCCUGGCCCCGGUCAACGGGACCUCUCAGGGCAAGUUCCAGGGCCUGGACCUAAACGAGGAGCUCUACCUGGGUGGCUACCCCGACUACGGCGCCAUCCCCAAGGCGGGGCUGAGCGGCGGCUUUGUAGGCUGUGUCCGGGAGCUGCGCAUCCAGGGCGAGGAGAUCAUCUUCCACGACCUCAACCUUACGGCGCACGGCAUCUCCCACUGCCCCACCUGUCGGGACCGGCCCUGCCAGAACGGGGGCCAAUGUCAGGAUUCAGAGAGCAGCAGCUACGUGUGCAUCUGCCCGGCUGGCUUCACCGGGAGCCGCUGUGAGCACUCCCAGGCCCUGCACUGCCACCCAGAGGCCUGUGGGCCCGACGCCACCUGUGUGAACCGGCCUGACGGUCGAGGCUACACCUGUCGCUGCCAUCUGGGCCGCUCAGGGAUGAGAUGUGAGGAAGGUGUGACGGUGACCACCCCCUCCAUGUCGGGCACUGGCUCCUACCUGGCACUGCCCGCCCUCACCAACACACACCAUGAACUGCGCCUGGACAUUGAGUUCAAGCCGCUGGCGCCUGACGGCAUCCUGCUGUUCAGCGGGGGGACUAGCGGGCCUGUGGAGGACUUCGUGUCCCUGGCGAUGGUUGGCGGCCACCUGGAGUUCCGAUAUGAGCUAGGGUCAGGGCUGGCCGUGCUGCGGACCCCCGAGCCGCUGGCCCUGGGCCACUGGCACCGAGUAUCCGCGGAACGUCUCAACAAGGACGGCAGCCUGCGCGUGAACAGCAGGCGCCCUGUGCUGCGCUCCUCUCCCGGCAAGAGCCAGGGCCUCAACCUGCACACCCUCCUCUACCUUGGCGGCGUGGAGCCCUCUGUGCGUCUGCCCCCGGCCACCAACGUUAGCGCUCACUUCCGUGGCUGUGUGGGCGAGGUGUCAGUGAACGGGAAGCGGCUAGACCUCACCUACAGCUUCCUGGGCAGCCGGGGCAUCGGGCAGUGCUACACCAGCUCCCCGUGUGAGCGCCAGCCUUGCCAGAACCGUGCCACGUGCAUGCCUACCGGCGAGUACGAGUUUCAGUGCCUGUGUCCCGAUGGCUUCAAAGGAGACCUCUGUGAGCACGAGGAGAACCCCUGCCGGCUCCGUGAGCCCUGUCUGCACGGGGGCGUCUGCCAGGGCACCCGCUGCCUCUGUCCCCCUGGCUUCUCUGGCCCACGCUGCCAACAAGGCUCUGGACAAGGCACAGCCGAGUCUGAUUGGCAUCUGGAAGGCAGCGGGGGCAACGAUGCCCCUGGGCAGUACGGAGCCUAUUUCCACGAUGACGGCUUCCUAGCUCUCCCCGGCCGCGUUUUCUCCAGGAGCCUGCCCGAGGCGCCAGAGACCAUCGAGCUGGAGGUUCGGACGAGCACGGCCAAUGGCCUCCUGCUCUGGCAGGGCGUGGAUGUGGGAGAGGCCGGCCGCGGCAAGGAUUUCAUCAGUCUCGGGCUUCAGGACGGGCACCUUGUCUUCAGCUACCAGCUGGGCAGCGGGGAGGCCUGCCUCGUCUCCGAGGACCCCAUCAAUGAUGGCGAGUGGCAUCGGGUGACGGCACUGCGAGAGGGCCGGAGAGGCUCCAUCCAGGUGGACGGCGAGGAGCUGGUCAGUGGCCAGUCCCCAGGCCCUAACGUGGCCGUCAACACCAAGGGCAGCAUCUACAUAGGUGGAGCUCCCGACGUGAGCACGCUGACCGGGGGCAGGUUCUCCACGGGCAUCACCGGCUGUAUCAAGAACCUGGUGCUGCACUCUGCCCGGCCUGGCGCCCCGCCCCCACAGCCGCUGGACCUGGAGCACCGCGCCCAGGCAGGGGCCAGCACGCGCCCCUGCCCCUCAUAG